CAAAAGAAGAUGUGCAGUGGUGUUCCUAAUAUUCAAGUGCAUUUUUACUGAAGUGAACGAAUACCUACUUCUUCUCUGACUGAAGUAUCAAACAUUUUUCUGCACUGGGACCCUGAGGACACAAGAACUGUCCUCACCAAAUUCUUUUCUCAUCAGAGGACGCAAAUCACCAAAAUGAGCGGGGUAGAACCCAACUACACGGAAUAUCCAGAUUAUUCAUAUGAUUAUAAUCAACUUACAGUACCAUGUGACAAGAGGGAAGUCAGAAACUUCACAAAAGUAUUUUUGCCAAUUGCAUACUCAAUUAUAUGCAUCUUGGGCUUAUUAGGCAACAUCUUUGUAGUGAUGACCUUUGCUUUAUAUAAAAAAACAAAGUCAAUGACAGAUAUAUUCCUCUUCAAUAUGGCCAUAGCAGACAUAUUGUUUGUUCUCACUCUUCCACUCUGGGCAGUGAAUUAUGCUGCUGAAAAAUGGAUCUUUGGUGAUUUUAUAUGCAAAAUUACCAGAGGUAUUUAUGCAAUCAACUUCAAUUGUGGAAUGCUGCUCUUGGCCUUUAUCAGUAUGGACAGAUACAUUGCUAUUGUACAGGCAACAAAGUCAUUUAAACUUCGGGCUAGAACCCUAGCAUACAAUAGACUGAUCUGUUUGGUUGUAUGGGUAUCAUCAAUUUUAAUUUCCAGUUCCACUUUCAUAUUCAGUCAAAGCUAUAGCCACUCGAUCAAUGAAACAAAAGAGAUUUGUGAACACAGAUCCAGUAAAGAGACAAAAGGCACUACAUUGAAAUUACUGCUGCUGGGUAUGCAACUUCUAUUUGGAUUUUUUGUCCCUCUGUUGUUUAUGGUAUUUUGCUAUGCAUUCAUUAUCAAAACUUUGGUGAAAGCUCAGAAUUCCAAAAGAAACAAAGCAAUGUGUGUGAUUGCAUUAAUUGUGUUCGUUUUCCUGGUUUGUCAAGUACCACAUAACAUGGUUCUUCUUGUGACUGCCAUAAAUAUGGGUGAAUUGAAUAAGUCGUGUGAUAGUGAAAAGAAAAUAGCUUUUGCAAAGUACAUUACAGAAGCCCUGGCCUUCUUCCAUUGUUGUUUGAACCCAGUGCUCUAUGCAUUUAUUGGGGUAAAAUUUAGAAGUUACUUUGUGAAUAUGAUGAAGAAUUUGUGGUGCCUGAAAUACAAGAAAUACAAGACCCAGAGUUCCAGGAUAAGUUCUGAUACUUAUCACUCAAGGCAGACAAGUGAAAUUAUGAGUGACAAUAUGUCAUCCUUUACUAUGUAAUACAACAUUAUUACGAAGGAGCUUUGAUUAUAUUCAUCCAACAAUCCAAAUCAAUCUCAUUCAUACCACAGUUAGUGAUUUCACUUUCCUACACUUCACAGCUCCCUCCAUCAAAACAAUUACCAUAAACAGAAAAUGACACGCACUGUGGAAAACUCAUGUAUUAACCACUGUCUAGCUAAUGUUUAUGUUGUUUUCAAAUAUAGGCAUUUAAAUUCUCUAGAGAGUUAACUUUACCAUGUAACUUCUCUUAUUCUAAUGAAAAACUGCAAGUUUAAUUUUAACAUGCCUUGAUAUUUUGGUUUUAAAAUAGUUCAAUUCAGGUAUCUCCUAUCAAUAUUCCAACAAUUUUAGAAAACAAAAAAGGCAAAUUCUCCACUAGCCCAACUCCAUUUAUACGUAUGUUGUUAUUGUUUAUACUGCAGUGCUAUACUGAGGUCCUGACUGGAGGUACUGUCAAGCUGGAGGACUUCUUACUCUGACUCCUGUAACCCUCAUUGUAUGAGGAAU